AUGCUCGCAGCAGAUAAGACCGCUGCUGUUGCAGCCUCGGCCUCAGUCGACGGCAUUGCGCCGGCUGGAGGCGUGGAAGCGCCAACAAAUUUCUUGUCUCAGAUCAUGCAACAGGAUCUGGCGACGGGGAAGCACAAGAGCAUCGUAACUCGCUUUCCCCCCGAGCCUAACGGCUUUCUGCAUCUUGGGCACGCCAAGUCCAUCUGCAUAAAUUUUGGCCUUGCUAAGACCUUUGGUGGCAGGUGCCACAUGCGGUUUGACGACACCAACCCUACGAAAGAGGAGACGAGGUACAUUGAAUCGAUCCUUCGAGACGUUCACUGGAUGGGUGGCUCAUGGGGUUCCCACCUGUACUACGCUUCGGAUUACUUCCCCCAACUGUACGAAUGGGCUGAAAAGCUCAUCAAAAAAGGCCUGGCUUUCGUAGAUUUCGACUCGCUGGAAGAGAUCCGGAGGAAGAGGGGCAGCAUCACCGAACCUGGCGAAGAAAGCCCUUACAGAAACAAAUUCAGCGUGGAAGAAAACCUCAUGCAUUUUCGAAAGAUGCGUGACGGAGACUACGAAGAGGGGCAGUGCGUUCUAAGGGCAAAAAUCGAUAUGAAGCACAAGAACGUCAUUCUCAGGGACCCUAUUAUGUACCGCAUCCUUAAGAAGGAGCAUCCACGAACUGGCAACAAGUGGGUUAUAUACCCAAUGUACGACUACGCUCAUGGUCAGAGUGAUUCCAUUGAGUCUAUAACACACUCAAUCUGCACACUGGAGUUCGACUUGAAUCGGGCGCUCUACGAUUGGUUCCAAGAGGCGCUGGACAUAACGAGGACUCGACAAAUUGAAUUUGCGAGACUCAAUCUCACAUACACCGUGAUGAGCAAGCGGAAGCUGCUGGCUUUGGUGAAUGAGAAGGUUGUUGCAGGGUGGGAUGACCCUCGUCUCUGCACGCUUUCUGCCCUCCGUCGACGGGGGGUUCCUCCAGGCGCUAUUCGCGAAUUCUGCGAGCGUGUUGGGGUGGCCAGGAGGCCCUCCACAAUUCAAGUUGAGCUUUUUGACAGAUGCAUCCGGGAGUACUUGGACGAGAGAGCUCCCCGGCGUUUUGCAGUGAAGCAGCCUCUGUUGGUGAAGAUCACCAAUCUGCAGAAGGAAGAAACACUGGCAAUCCCAGUGGACCCGAAGAAUGCUGCAGCAGGAAACAGACAGCUGCCCUUCACGAACGAGUUGUACAUCGAGGCGGAGGAUUUCAUGGAGAAUCCUCCCAAGGACUUCCACAGACUGUCUCUGGGCAAGGAAGUGCGCCUCAGAUCCGCCUAUUGGAUUAAGUGCAACGAGGUUGAGAAGGAUGCGAAUGGGGAUAUUACGGCCCUGCUGUGCUCGUACGAUCCGGAAACACUCAACUGCUCGGCAGCUCCGGAUGGACGGAAGGUCAAGGGGACUAUCCACUGGCUCCCCGUCAAAUACGCCGUGCCGGCGGAAUUGAGGUUCUAUGAUCGCCUCUUUACAAAGCCUUUCCCGGAGGAAGAGGAACCGCAGAGGCCGGAGAGCAGCUGGCGCGAUAAUAUCAAUCCCAAUUCGCUUGUGGUGUACAAGGGCUUUGUGGAGCCUGACGUGGUUUGCUUGAAGGCUUUCCCGCCGCAGUUUCCUGUGCAGUUCGAGCGCCUGGGCUUCUUCACUGCCGACGCCCCUUGCGAGUACAUUUACUCGGAGCCUGGCAACGACACCUCCAAAGCUGCUGGCGAGAGCUCUUGGGGGUUGGAUGCCAGGGCAUAUGAAAGGCCGCAGGGUGCCAUGCCAGUGUUUAAUCUCACUGUGGGGUUGCUUGAGGGCUUUACAGUGUCGCGCGAGAAGGAGGAAGAGUCGCGAAGGCAAAAGGAAAAGGAUCAGGAAGCAAGGCGGAAGGCUGCAGAAGAGCGGCAAAGGAAGAAAGAACUGCGUGAGGCAGCCAAGCUGAAGAAGGAAACCGAAAAGAAAGAAGCAGAAGCGUAA